AUGCUGUGGGAAGCUCGAUCAGUAGUCGAACCUAUCAAUAAGAAACCGAUUGAAAUUCGUGUCGGUAUCAAUUCGGGACCGUUAGUGGCAGGUGUUGUUGCCGUUAAAUUACCCAGACCAACAACAUCUUUCAGAUACUGUUUGUUUGGUGAUACGGUUAGCAUGGCAUCAUCGCUGGAGUUGAAUGGUGCGGUCGGAAAGAUACAAUGCAGCGAUAAGACCUAUAAAUAUGCCAUGGAAACUGGUCGUUUUGAGUUUGAAAGACGUGGACGAAUUCACAUCAAAGGAAAGGGCGAUGUGGAGACGUACUUCUUGCUUCGAAGUUUGAAGAAAAGUGUGUGGGAGAUCAUCGGCAGAGAACGUGGUGAGUGA